CGCGGGCACAGCGGGCGGGCGCGGCGCGGGCGCGGGCACAGAGGCGGGCACGGCGCCCGGGCCCGCCGCCCCCUGCCCUGGGCCGGGGGCCGCCGCUGCAUGGGGGCGGGGGCGCGGCCGGGGCUGAGCCGGGGGACCAUGCAGCAUGGCCCACGGGCCCGGCGCGCUGAUGCUCAAGUGCGUGGUGGUGGGCGACGGGGCGGUGGGCAAGACGUGCCUGCUCAUGAGCUACGCCAACGACGCCUUCCCCGAGGAGUACGUGCCCACGGUCUUCGACCACUACGCAGUGAGCGUCACCGUGGGGGGCAAGCAGUAUCUCCUGGGACUCUACGACACGGCCGGACAGGAAGACUAUGAUCGUCUGAGGCCUUUAUCAUAUCCAAUGACCGAUGUCUUCCUUAUAUGCUUCUCUGUGGUAAAUCCAGCCUCAUUUCAAAAUGUGAAAGAGGAGUGGGUACCAGAACUUAAGGAAUACGCACCAAAUGUACCCUUUCUAUUGAUUGGAACUCAGAUUGAUCUCCGAGAUGAUCCCAAAACUUUAGCAAGACUGAAUGAUAUGAAAGAAAAACCCAUAUGUGUGGAACAAGGACAGAAACUAGCAAAAGAGGGCAUCACGGAAGCUCCGAGUCUCACAAAUGUGGCCGAGGGGACUCCAGCCUGGCUGAGCUCCACGGAAGACUGCUCCCUGGGGGAAAAAAAGUACAAAACAGAAAAUAAUUCAGUAGGUGUGAAGUAUGUUGAGUUUUCUAACUCUUUAUUAAAAGGGAGUAGAAAAUGCUCCCAUUACAGAAAGUAUAUGUUGUACCUAAGACUUUUAACUUAUAUUCUCCCUCACCCCAAAGCUAAGCUUACUUUUCUGACAAGUGACUAACAUUAUUGAAUCCUAUAUUUUAGAUGUUGUACUCUUAGAGCACUUCUGUGGAGACAGCAUCUAGCUGAUUGGCUCUUUUAAAAUGCACUAUCUGGAGGCAGAAGAAACCAAGAAAACUUUUUGGAGGGCAGGUUUUCCUAAGGCAUAGAUAAGUAGCUUCACUCACAUCACUCUAGAAACUCCAUGUAUUUACGUUUUUGAUCUUGAGAAGAGAAGGAAUUUCUAACUGUCAUAAAGGAAAGACAAAAAUAUUGAUGAUUUUAACUGUCACUGUCAUCCUGCUCAUCGAUUUGCUUGAGCGGGCACCAGUAACGUCUCCAUUGUGAGACUUGUUGUUACUGUGCCCGGCAAGCUCCUGAAAGUAUCCCACCUGUACGGCAGAGCUUGCCAGGCUAACAAAAUUGACAUGUAUGGCAGAAAAGUGUGAAUUAAUAUUCUCAGUAUACAGAAACCUUUUGCAGUGGAUUACUCAGAAAUAAACCUGAGGGGCUGGAUCGAUAGCAUAGCAGGUAGGGUGUUUGCCUUGCACUCGGUCAACCCAGGUUCGAUUCCCAGCAUCCCAUAUGGUCCCCCAGCACCACUAGAAGUAAUUCCUGAGUGCAGGGCCAGGAAUAACCCCUGUGCAUUUCUGGGUGUGACCCGAAAAGAAAGAAAAAGGAAAAGAAAGAGAGAGAGAGAGAGAGAGAGAGAGAGAGAGAGAGAAAGAGAAAGAAAGAAGAAAGAGAGAGAGAGAAAGAGAGAAAGAGAAACCUGAUGGAUACACCUCAGUAGAAAAAUGGGCCCGGACCAUAAAUGGAAAGUUCAGUUAAAAACUGCAGAUUGACCUUGAAGAUAGAAAGUAUAUUUGGGAGUGGAAAGAUAAGUGGGAGGAAGUUGACACUGGUAAUGGGAUAAGUGUUGAAAAAUUGUAUGUCUAAAACCUAACUAUGAAUUUGUAAAUUACAUUGCCUAAAUAUAAAAUUAGUUAAAAAAUAAAGAUAGAAAGUAUAUUCAGACGCCUUGGUCAAAAAAUUCAACUUCUGUGUACAAAAUUAUCACCCAAAAAGGGGAGAGGUCUUUUAACAGCUCUGUUCCAAGUGUGUAAGUAAAUGAGCGCUACUGCACUAUUAUUACUGAUCAGGUUAAUGAUCACUGAACACGUGCAAGAGGCUUAUAGUGAGGCCCACAAAGGAGAAGAAAAAAAAAAAGACAUUCUUUUGAUCUUACAAUUUCACACACAUUCUAUUCUUAGAGAAUUAGAAGGAUCUUGUUUUGGGAGAUGGCUUAUGAAAGUGCUUAAUUGUUUAUAGAGGCAAAAACAAAAACCCCAGCAACAGUGUGUCUAUUAAAAAUGCAUACUAAUCAUCUGCUAAGUAAGAAGUUAAGUGGUUGCGAGACGAUGUGGUCCCAUUCUAGAUCUGUCUGCUGCACUGAGUAGUUACUUCCUUCUUGAGCACGUCUUCAGUGGGCUUUCUUGGAUGCUUCCUUGAAAGGGUCCCUGCAGGUUUCCUCCACUCUCAUUGUCUCGUCUUCAUUUCCUCAACCUCAUCUCUGAAUGAUGGAUCAACACUCAGCUUCUUAUUUUUCCUCCUGUGUCCACCCUCAUUCUCAAGCCCUUGAACUUGUCUUGCUGUUGAUGUCUCCUCAGGUUUCUUAAAUGUCUGCAUUGAGCCUGAACCUCUUGCCUAAACUCUUAUUUCUCAUCUCUUAACAAUCCCAUUUGAAUAGCAAAGCACUGAAAUGUAAUGUCUAAAACCCAGAGUUUCUUAUUUUACCCUCCAAGUUACCCAGGUCAAAAUCUUGGCCGCAUUUCACAUUUGACCAUAACACAGUCAAACCUUGGGCAUUCCAGAUCGCUUUACUGUAGAAUAUAACCAGCAUCCUCAACCCGAUCACCAUCUCUCCUAAGCCUGGAAUUCUGAACAACUUCUGACUCACCUUUCU